UGCCAGUGCUUCUCCGAAGACUUUCCACUGUUGGUGUGGGAGACGCGACGAGCAUCCGGAGACGCGAUGGAGCGCUCACAACAACUCGAUGGGCGACGAGGGAGAGGUUCAAAGGCGUGCACACACGGCCCGCACCACCUCAGGUCAGUGGGCGGAGCGGAGAGCCCGCUGGGCGGUCUGAGGUGAACCGACAAGCGACUACAUCAUGUCGCGUGCACUCCACCCACCUCCUUUCUUGCCAUCGUCUUAUCUUACAAUGCUCACAACCAUGAUGACAAUGGACAUUGACGCGCUCGCCAAACGCAUUCUUAGCUCUGCCGCUCGCCGCCCGGAAAGGAGAUUUGUUGUUGCUAUCGGCGGCAUCCCAGGCUCAGGAAAGAGCACCGUCGCGUAUCCGCUCAUAGAGCGGAUCAAUGCGCUCGCGGGGAGCGAGGUAGCGAUGGGGUUGGGCACCGAUGGGUGGCACUACUCGCAGGCACAGUUGCGCGCAAUGCCGAACUCGGAGAUGCUGUUCCGGCGCCGCGGCGCGCACUUUACGUUCGACGGAGACUCGUAUGCUGCGUUUGUUGGAAGGCUAGACGAGCCCGCGUUGCAGUUCCCCUCCUUUUCGCACCGGGAUAAGGAUCCCGUCGCUGAGGGAGGAUGGAUUGCGCCCCACCACCGUAUCGUGGUGAUUGAGGGGCUACACUCACUGUUGAACAUCCCGCCGUGGUCGACUGCUGCGCACCGUUACGACGAGAAAGUGUGGGUCGACACGCCCGUGGACGAAGCGCGCCAACGCCUUAUCAGGAGGCACCUGAAUGACGGCGUCGAGGCCACUCUUGAGGCAGCAAAGCGUCGCGCCGAGGGCUCGGAUCAGCUCAACGCUAGAACACUACAGG